GACAAGGGUAACGUUUGUUAGGCAGACUUAAUGGCUGCCUUUUCCACAAAGGAGGCAGAGCCAGAACUUAACCCCAGAUCCAGAGAUGACAGGAAAAUGGCUACCUGGAAUGAAAAGACAGUCACUCUCGGGGCCACGGUGGCUGCCGCCGAGAAGAUGAGCAAGCUCCUGAAGCACUUCGCUGUUGUUGGCAAUGUCUACCAAGCCUGGAACAUCAGCUACAAGAAAUGGGAGAAUGAAGAGGAGGAAGAAGAGGAGCAGCCGCCACAAACACCCACCUGGGGUGAGGAGGGCAGAGCUGCUGAUCUGAAUAUGGCCUCUGCCUCUCCGCCCAGCAGCCCCCUAGACUUCAGGGCCACGUUGAGGAAGCUCUUCAGCUCCCACAGGUUUCAGGUCAUCACCAUUUGCCUGGUUGUUCUGGAAGCCAUCCGGGUCCUGGGGCUCAUCCUGGACCCGAAGAUCAUCCGCCAGAGGCUCCACUACCUGAGCAUAGCCAUCUUGACCUUCCUUAUGAUGGAGAUUGCCUUUAAAAUAUUUGUUUUCUGCUUGGAGUUCUUCCACCACAAGUUUGGAAUCCUGGACUCCAUCAAUGUCGUGGUUUCAUUUGUCCUGGACAUCAUCCUCCUGUUCCAGGAGCACGAGUUUGAGGCUCUGGGCCUGCUCAUACUGCUCUGGCUGUUGUGCUUGGCCAAGAUCAUCGAUGGGACAAUUAUCUUGGUUAAGACACGUUCUGAACAGCAACUGAUGAGGUUAAAACAGAUAAACACACAAUUGGCCGCCAAGAUCCAACACCUGGAGCUCAGUUGCUCUGAGAAGGAACAGGAGAUUGAAAGACUUAACAAGCUGUUGGCCCAGCACGGACUGCUUGGCAAGGCAAACUAGAGGUGUACCUGCUCCACUCCACAGAGUGGAGUGCACGGGCUUGCACCUGUGAACGAGGAUGACAGCCACCCCUCCUGGGGCCAUCCGCAGGACAGGUUUGGUUUGAUGCCGUUGCCUGCCUCCCACGCAGCUUGGAAUCUGGAGGCACUCAGCCUUUCGGAAGGCUCGCUCUCUUCCUCGGUGUGGCGGACAGCUUCCCUUCCCAUCCCCACCUGUGCUGUGUCACAAACGUAUCAUAGGCUGUUUUCUCAUGUUGAACUUUACUCUUGCUUGGAAAUGUCCAAUGAAGCUGGACA